AUGACGUCACGAGAGGCGGGGAGAGACACGCCCCCUCCGACAGGGCACGCCCUUCGCUUGGCACCGCCCAUUCGGGAGGGGUCUCGCUCCCCUUUCCCCCCCUCCCCGAGGGGGUCCCGCUCCCCUUCUCCAUCCCCGGGGGGCUCCCGUUCCCCGUCCCCCCCAUCCCCGGGGGGGUCCCGCUCUCCCUCUCCUCCAUCCCCGGGGGGCUCCCGCUCCCCAUCCCCUCCGGGGGGCUGGGAACCGGCCCGGGCGGCUUUCGGGGAGCUGCGGCUGGAGGAGGUGAUCGGGGCCGGGGGCUUCGGCCGAGUUUUCCGCGGGACGUGGCGGGGCCAGGUGGUGGCGGUGAAGGCGGCUCGGGGGGACGCGGGGGCUGCGGGGGCUGCCAGCCUCAGGAGGGAGGCGAGGCUCUACGCCCGCCUGCGACACCCCAACGUGGUGGCCCUGCGAGCCGUGUGCCUGGAGCCCCCCCACCUGUGCCUGGUGAUGGAAUUCGCGGCCGGGGGGCCGCUGUCCAGGGCUCUGGCCGGCCGCAGGGUCCCCCCCGCCGUCCUGCUGGACUGGGCGCGCCAGGUGGCGCGGGGGAUGCGGUACCUGCACUCCGGGACCCCCGUGCCCCUCAUCCACCGGGACCUCAAAUCCAGCAAUGUGCUGCUGGCACAGCCCGUUGUGGGGGACGAUGUGAGUGGGAAAACGCUGAAAAUCACCGAUUUCGGCCUGGCCCGGGAGUGGCAGCGAACGACCAAGAUGAGCGCGGCCGGGACCUACGCCUGGAUGGCCCCCGAGGUCAUCCGGGCAUCCACCUUCUCCAAGGGCAGCGACGUCUGGAGUUACGGGGUGCUGCUGUGGGAGCUGCUGACCGGGGAGGUGCCGUACCGGGGCAUCGACGGCCUGGCCGUGGCCUACGGGGUGGCCGUGAACAAACUGACCCUGCCCAUCCCGUCCACCUGCCCACCGCCCUUCGCCCAGCUCAUGGCAGCCUGCUGGGAGCAGGACCCCCACCGGCGGCCGGGCUUCGGGACCAUCCUGCGGCGCCUGGGGGGGCUGGAGCCGGGGGGGCUGGGGCCCCCCGAGUCCUUCCACUCCCUGCAGGAAUCCUGGCGCCGCGAGAUCCAGGGGCUCUUCGACGAGCUGAGGGCACGGGAGAAGGAGCUGCGCAGCCGGGAGGAGGCCGUGGCCAGAGCCUCGCGGGCCCAGCGCUCCCAGGCCGAGGCUCUGCGGCAGCGAGAAGCCGCCGUGGCCCGCAGGGAGCUGGAGGUGCUGGAGCGGGAGCUCAGCCUCAUGCUCAGGGGGCCCCCCCGGCCGACCCCGGCCCCAAAACGACGCCGACCCCCCUUUCGGAGGCCACGGAAACCCGCGGACCUCAUUGGAAUGCCCCAGGAUUUCAAGCACCGCCUGACGGUCCAGGCAUCACCUGGGGGAGACCCCCGGAGCCACGACCCCGAGGAUGGGCCAGGGGAAUCCCCCCCCUUCCCCCGCCUGCGCGCCAUCCAGCGUGAGUGA